AUGAAUAAGUAAUGUAAAAUAUAUAAAAGCAAAGAAAUAGUAUAUCAAAGGGAUCCUAAUGAUGUAAGAAAGUAUCAUAAUGAUUUUUUUAGAAAAAGAAAAUUAUAAAUGGUUUUAAAGUAAUGAAAAUAAUUGGUGAAGGUUCAUAUGGGAAAAUAAAAUUAGCAAUAAAAGAUAAUCAAGAAUAUGCAAUAAAAAAGUUUAAUAAGUUUAUUUUAAAGAAGAAGAAUAAAAUGUAUAAGAAUCCUAAUGGAAGUAAAUAAAUAGUAUAUUAAUUUAAGCAACAAAAUAUGUUUCAUUGUUAGAUGAAGUAUAUAGGGAAAUAGAAAUUCAUUAAAAAUUAGAUCAUCCAAACAUAAUAAAAAUGUUUGAGAUAUAUGAUGAUGAAGAGAGAGAGAAAUUAUAUGUAGUUUUAGAAUAUGCAGAAAUGGGAUAAAUUUUGAAAUGGGAAAGUAAAUAGGAAAUAUUUACAGCUUAAUGGAAAUUCGAUGAAUUGACAUUUAAAGAUUAUGUAAAACAAAUGUUAAUGGGUUUACAAUAUCUACAAUAACAAUAUGUUGCACAUCGAGAUAUAAAGCCUCACAAUAUAUUAUUGACUAAAAAUCAAUAAAUUAAGAUAUGUGAUUUUGGUUCAGCUCAAUAAAUGAGUCCAUAAAAUGAUAGAGUAAAAGGGACUGAAGGUACGUUCUAAUUUGUUGCUCCUGAAUGUUUAAGAGAAAAUAAAAAAAGUGAGAUUCCAGGAUAUAGUGGUCAUUUAGCAGAUAUUUGGAGUUUAGGAGUGGUUCUUUAUUGUAUGAUUGAAUUAAGAUUGCCAUUUUAAAGUGAAAUUAUGUUGGAUCUAUUUAAUCAGAUAGAAACUAAAGAGUAAUAAAAUAUUCCUAAUAAUAUUAGAAUUAAAAUGAAGUAUGAUGGUCCUGCAAAAAGUUUAAUUCUUAAAAUGUUAAUGAGGGACACUAGUAAAAGACCAAAUGCAACCUAGUUAUUAGAAGAUCCUUAUUUUUAAUGAUUUAGUAUAGUAGUAGCAUAUACAGAC